AACCAUUUUUUGUUCUGGCAAGAUGAAAAAAAAAACAAUACGAAUGUCAUAUGGUAUUUUAAAAAUAUCCGUUACCUACACAAAAUAAAAUCGGUUGUAACUUCUGUUUUGUUUUUACUCCUUUUGAGUGCGAGUGACGAAAAUAGCGAGACUUAAGUCGAUUGACGAAAUUUUUCCUUCAGUGGCACGAAAGCUCGCGUGGGGCUGAAGGCCGGAUGUUCUCUAAUAUAGUAACUGUCGAUCCGUCUCCGAACUACAAUAAAAACAGGAGUUUGAGCAAUAUAUAUCAGAAGUUUCAAAGUCUCCUCGGCCGUGGUGCGGAUAUUGAAAUCGGCCGCUGCGCUAAAGAGGACAUGUUAUCUGCGAGGGGCAGUACGGUCGCAUCAGAGGACAGUUUCAUUACGCCGGUGUCUUCGGUCGGAGAUCUGAUGGCGAUGUCACCGCGAGGCAAGCAGGCACACGAGUCAGCUGAUGUGACGAGUGACCUGCUCACGGGAGCUGACUUCGACAGUGUUUGUGAUAUAACUAUGCAGGAACUUCAACAUUACGAGGAUCCUUUGUACAUCGAUCCGACAAGCAUGGACUAUCUAGUAAAGUGUGCCGAGUCCACUCGCAGCAACAGUCACGUAGACCGCGGCAAGGAAAGCUUGUUCAUAAAAUUCGAUCCGCUUUACGCUCGUCAGAAACCCCCAGCCACUCCUGAAUCCCUCCCGGACUCCACAGAGGCUGACGUUGGCUACGAAACAGGAAGUGCUGCAUCCAUUUUCGCUGACAACAGUGUCGCUACGCCAAAGCAUUCAAUGUCUGUGGGAUCUAUCUCUAGUGCAUGGGAAAAACCUACUCAAGUGGUUCCACCUGUCAAAAACGAUUUACCCAAAACUGAAGCUAAAGCAAUGCCGCAGUUGGUUCGAAGUGCCUCCGCAAUCCUAUCUUCUAGUCACGUAGCUACAGACAGGCUAAUAAAUUUCAUUGGGAGCACUCCGCCUGUCGCUGCUCCGCGCAGUCCUCAUCACCGUUCCAACACCCACCAGGUAGACAGACUACAUUCUCUUCGAAUGAUACUCCAGAAGCAGGAGCAUGAAGGUUUAUUACUCCGACAGGAAAAUGGUGAUCUAAAGUCUGCAUUACACAACAUUGAGAGUAGAUACACAAGUACUGUUGAGGAGUUAGAGUUAAAAGUUAAGAAGCUUACGGACGAAAAACAUAAUUUGAUAGAGAGAGAGAACCAGCUACUUCAGCAGCUUCAUGAUAAGAACCUGAAUAACAAACAAAUGGGUGUAGUGAUGGAAGAAUACGAGAAAACUAUAUCUUCUCUGAUCGGUGAGCAUCAGCGGGAGCAACUACUGACACAGGAAAUGCAACAAAAACUAAGUGCUGAACGAGACCAAGCCUUAAGUCACUUAGCGAGCAUGGAAAGCUCAUUCAACGACUUGCUGUCCAAGUAUGAAAAAUGCAAAAGUAUUAUUAUGGAGCAUAAAGAAACAGAAAAAAUAUUUGAGCAGAAAAUUACAGAGUAUGAAGCUGGUUUGAAAAAAUAUGAAGAACUCUAUACAAACUUGAAACAGAUUACUGAAGAGAGCUUGGCUAAAGCCAAUGAUACAUUGGAGACUGUGAAGAAAAACCACAGUGUGGAGUUAACAAAGUUAAAUGCCACCAUCAAAAAGCAUGAGAUCAAAAUUUCGUCUUUGGAGGAGUCCCUGGCUCAAAAAAUAAGGGAUAAUGAAGAGUUGACAAGAAUUUGUGAUCAGCUCAUUAAUGAGGUGCACUAGAAUGCAUCUUUAGUGCACUUUUUUCGAGAUAUUUGUGACGUUAUCUAUGAAAAGGGACCUUAUUGUCGAUGGCGCUUAGGCCAUUAGUAACGAUGCUCCGAAAUAAAUACAAUGCCGCGCGAUGCUGUGCGGCGUAAGCGCCAUCGACAAUAAGGUCCCUUUUCAUAGAUAAUGCCCCAUUUAACUGUAUUCUAAAUCUCUGUGAUGAAUCUCUACAAUUAUGACAUUAUUUUGACUUUUGUUGUAGUUGGAUAUAUUAUUAUAACUUUUUGAUUAGAAACAUUAUCAAAGAAUGCUAUCUUUGUUUGAGCUUAUUUGAUAUUCCAUUUACAGGUCUUGGUGCUUGUUGACUAAUUUGUAGGAACUGUUUUAAAAAUGUAAAUUUUUUAUAAAUUCCAUUAAAAGUAUAAGACAGCUUCUACUAACUAGAUUAGACUUUGAACUUAAACUUAAACAUAAAAUAUGUGUAACAUUUAAUAAUUACAAACUCAAUUAACAAAUUAUGUGUAAACUAAUCAAGUAAUGUCCGUAAUGUCCUUAUCUUGUUGUUAAUUGCCUUGUUUAGAUGUUUGACUGACUUAAAAUAUUUAUUUCUUA